UUUCUUCACUUUCUCUACCCACACCAACAAUUAAAAGAAUAUACAAAUAUUAUCACUUUUACAAGCCAUAUUUAGUAUUAUUAUUAUUGUUAUUUAAAAGACAAGAUUAGAAUGGAAUAUUACACAGAUACAACUCGCUUCACAUGAUCAACCCACCAAUCAAUCCUAUCAUCAUUGCAGUACCUUUCAUUUCAUCGAACCACCAAACAAAACAGAUAUUUUAAUCAGUAGCCAAAACAGACAUCUAUUUAUGCCCAUCACAAUCCCUGCAAUUUCAUGUGCAAUACUUCACCACCACCACUUCCAUUUUCAAGAAAAAAUGUCCUUAGUAGGCGAAGCACCGGGUUUCAUCCAGGCCUUCUCUGACGGAUCAGUCAAACGAUUUGCCUUUGAACAAGCCCCGGCAUGCCCUGAAUCAUCACCAAGAGGAAUUAAGUCCAAGGAUGUGAUCAUUAAUCCGUCAAAGCCGAUAACUGCUAGGAUCUUCCUGCCUGACACCCCUGCAUCCGUUGCUCAGCUUCCGGUUCUUGUUUACUUCCACGGUGGUGGUUUUUGCAUUGGCUCAACCACUUGGAUUGGGUACCACUCUUUCCUCGGAGAAUUAUCUGUUACAUCCAAAUCAAUUGUGUUAUCCGUGGACUACCGUCUUGCACCAGAAAACCGGCUUCCCAUAGCUUAUGAGGACUGCUAUAGCGCACUUGAGUGGCUAAGUCACAAGGAAAGCUCUGACCCGUGGCUGGAAAGAGCUGACCUUUCUCGUGUUUUCCUCUCAGGGGACAGUGCUGGAGGGAACAUCGUUCACCAGGUUGCUGUAAGAACGAUUCAGGACCAAGGCUGUCAUGUCAAGAUCAAAGGAUUGCUGCCGAUUCACCCCUAUUUCGGAAGUGAAAAGAGGACUGAAAGAGAGAGUGAGGAUGGAGCAGCUGGGGAUGUGAAGAUGAAUGACAUGUUUUGGGGACUGAGCGUGCCGGAGGGAUCCGACCGUGAUUAUUACGGAUGCAACUUCGAGACGGCAGAGCUGUCUGCAGCCGAGUGGAGCCAGUUUCCGGCAGUGGUGGUUUUCGUGGCGGGGUUGGACUUCUUGAAGGAAAGAGGAGUGUUGUAUGCGGAGUUUUUAAAGAAGAAAGGGGUGAAAGAAGUGAAGCUGGUGGAAGAGGAGGGUGAGAAUCAUGUAUAUCAUGUGUUUUAUCCUGAAUCAGAGGCUACCGGUUUGCUUCAAAAGUUGAUGAGUGAGUUCAUACAGAGCCUUUAGAAACUCAGAUGCCAUCAAAUCCUCUUGGACUCUCCAAUGUAAGCAAAUCUGUCACCAUACAGAAGUUAGUAAUUGCACUAAUAAAUAUUUAAAUUGCAUAGCAAUUGAAUUUACCUA